AUGUACAUUUUGGCAUCUUUUAGGCUGACAUACUUCAGCGAGGCAUACUGGCAUAGGUAUGAUGGCAUGGUGUCUUUCAUAGUUUUAGUUUCCAUUUCAUCCUUGCAGCCUGCUUUGAAACUCUUAAGAAGUAUAACCAUUGUAGAAUUUACUACUUUGACUUGCAUCCCUCGUGUUAUCGUAUAUAGGGGAGCAAAGAUUCAGUUGCUGGAUCUCCCUGGUAUUAUUGAGGGUGCUAAGGAUGGAAAGGGUCGAGGAAGACAGGUGAUAAGUACUGCUAGGACAUGCAAUUGUAUCAUAAUUGUUCUUGAUGCAAUAAAGCCAAUAACCCAUAAGCGCCUUAUCGAAAAAGAGCUUGAAGGAUUUGGCAUAAGGUUAAACAAGGAGCCACCUAAUCUGACAUUCAGAAAGAAGGAUAAGGGUGUGAUUUAUUUCACAGCUACAGUCACCAAUACGCAUGUUGAUCUUGAGACUGUGAAGGCAAUAUGCAGAGAAUACAGAAUUCACAAUGCUGAUCUUACGUUGAGGUUUGAUGCAACUGCUGAUGAUCUGAUUGAUGUCAUUGAGGGCAGUAGGGUAUAUAUUCCAUGUGUCUAUGCCCUGAACAAGAUCGAUCAGAUCACUCUUGAAGAGCUCCAGAUUUUGGAUAAACUUCCUCACUACUGCCCAAUCAGUGCUCAUCUUGAUUUGAUGGGUUGCUGGACAAGAUAUGGGAGUAUCUAG